AUGAUCAAAGGAAUCCUCAUCGUGAAUAACCAUGGCAAGCCGCGUAUUGUCAAGUUUUAUGAGCAUGUGCCAGAUGCAGAGCAGCAAGCUGUGAUCCGUGAUAUCUACACACAAGUGUCAAAGCGCCCCGACACGUUAUGCAACUUCCUCGAAGGCACGGUGCGAUAUUGGGGAGACGGCGUCAAGCUCAUUUAUCGCCAUUAUGCGACGUUGUAUUUUGUUUUUGCGGUGGACAAACAAGAGAGCGAUUUGGGGAUCUUAGAUCUCAUUCAAGUUUUCGUGGAAACACUAGACAAGAUAUUUGAGAACGUGUGCGAGCUAGACCUGAUAUUUCAUAGUGACAAGGUCCACUAUGCUCUGGAUGAGAUUGUCAUGGGUGGUAUGGUGCUUGAGACCAACAUUAACGAGUCUACCAUAAAGAAAUGA